AUGAUAGGAAUUAAAUUUGUCAUUGUGGACAUUUGUCAGCUAGACACUUUGAUGCAACAUUGUUCUGUGUGUGCCAGCAUAAAUUCCGUUGAGCGCAAAAGAGUAGGCUCAGUGAUUACAUAUCACACAAGGUGUUUUAAGCAUGACCAUCAAUUUUCUUGGAGCACAACUCCGAAAGAAAAAAACACCCCCAUUUUCAACAUUCUCUUGGCUGCAGCUAUUUUUUGCGCUGGAAUUGGAUACACAACUAUUCGCAAAAUGACAGACGCUAUUGGACUCGCAUUCUUCUCGCAUCAAACGUUCUACAGCCAUAUCAAUAACUUCACGGCCCCGAUCUUGCGACACUCGUGGAUUAGGAUGAGAGAGGAAAUUUUCAAAGAUCUUCAAAGUAAAGAUGACUUGGUUGUGUCCGGAGACGCACGCUUCGACUCCCCAGGACACAGCGCAAAAUAUGCCCUCUACUCGAUUAUGAGCAACUUCAACAACAAAAUUAUCGAUUUCGUGCUGUGGCAAAAGGGAUUUCUACCAGGGGAAAUGGAGUCUAAAUCUUGUGCUUACGUUUUCAAUAGACUGGUAGAAAAGUUGGGAGUUGGUAAAGUCCGAAUCUUCUGCACAGAUCGGAAUCCUUCAGUAGCAAAAAUGAUGCGAGAAAACUUCAAGGAUGUCGAGCAUGCUUUUGACGUCUGGCAUCUGGCCAAAGGGCUGAGGAAAAAACUAAUAGCGGUGGCCAAAAAACACAAGCAAAUUGAGGGAUGGAUAGAGGCCAUAGUAAACCACAUUUGGCAUGUUAGCAGCACUUGUGGAGGAGAUUCAGAUACCCUAUUAGAAAAAUGGAAUUCCAUGCUUUAUCACAUUCGAGGAAAACAUCAGUGGAAAGAAGGAAAAGAAACAAAAACCUGCGAUCACAGGACAUAUGAGGAUGAAAGUGAAGCGAAAAUUGAUUGGAUUACUGAUGAAUCUGCCUUUGCAGCAUUAAAAAAAGUUACUCACAAUACGCGAUUUUUGAACCAACUGAAACACUGCAAACACUUCGUCCACACCGGAAACUUGGAAAGCUUCCAUAAUGUCAUUCUUGUGUACGCAUCAAAGAGAGUCCAUUUUUUUUACGAGAACAUGCUUCUCAAGACCAUUCUUGCGGUCUUGGACCACAACCAUAACACCGGAAGGGCUUCGGUUGGAACCAAAACUACGUUCUCAAAACUGAGAAAGACCUAUCAGUUGGAAACAAAAUACGAGGAAAAGUGUAAUGAGUGGAGGGCAAAUUUAUUGGAGGAGAUUGAAAAGUAUGCAAAGAGCCCAGGUCUUCUAGGAACAGAAGAGGAGGAAAUUCUGAUUCUGUCCCCCCCGCAUGAUGUCCCUAGGAAUAUCAACAGUGUCCCACUUCCAUCCCGUGAGGAACUUGAACUCCGAAGGAACAUCAGAAUGAGAGCCGCAGAACAUCAAAUUGAAUAA